AUGCCCCUGUUUCGAGAUCCGGAUCGGCGGCGCCAUUAUCUAUGGUCACCCGACGAUGGCCAGCGUGAACCGCCAACCACAGGAUCCGAGCAGCCCCAGCUUAAAGAUCUCAAUCGCCGUGAAAUAGUUGCCCCAGAAAUGGCAACCAACUCCAUGCAUUCAACAGAGUUGAAUCCGCCUAAGUCGCCCAAGUCGUGGGCAAAUGAUCGGGAGGAGCUCAUACACCAUAUCAAAGAGUCUUCACCGUGGAGACUUCAACACAUGUCCCUGGAUGGAGGCAACGAUGAUUUAUUUGUCUCUCAAAUCUCACGGAACCGGUCACAAACGGUAACAAUUGAGCAUGAAUCCCGCUCUGUUAACCAAAAACAUCACACCAGAGCGACAGAGGAACUGGGAUCGCCGGCCGAUAUCCAGAGACCUCGAUCAGCGCUACACUCAGGUGAUUUUAGAGAAGGUGCCACAGAUCCCCAUGACUCACAUUCUCCUCAAUCACCUUUUACUGAGCCGAGUCCGGCUUCUCCCUUUGCUCAUCUAAGCUGCUCUCCCACUACCCCCUGGUUCGGAGCGCCGGCCUUGCCACCCGAUUUGCGAAAGACAAGCAUAUCAAAUGAACAUCAUGAGUCCGAUGUUAUUGUGGAUGCUCGUGCUCGUGCACCGUCGGUGAGCUCAUUCUCAUCAAGUUAUGUUCUGAAGGCGCCUACCAGUCCUCUGGUAUACCAAGCAAAUAAUACCGACUUGGACUUUUCCUCCCGUGUUGAUCAUGUGGAUAUUUCGGGGCCUUCGGAGAGAGCAAACCGUCGCCGCACUUUGCCACCAGAGACGUUUAGGAAUCUCCAAUUCUCUUCGCCAAACACUGAAAUUCCCGACCUAGGCAGUCCGUCUCCACCUAGACGGCAGCAGGAUGUCUUCACCAAUCAAACAGCUUUGCCCCGCCGAUCAUUGACUUCGGCAUAUAGUCUUCAACUCGCACCGUCCCCCGGAGGGCAGAUCCCACCAUCGCGGGUAAGACGGCCAUCUUUUGUCUCUGACAUCUCGUCAAACCCCCACGCACCAAUGGUGGGGUCUUAUGAGGAGUCGAUAUUGCGCGGGAGAAUGUCAAUGAAUCCUUCUAAACCGCUGGAUUUCACGGCUCAGAUCGGUGUCCUGGGCAAGGGGAGAUGCAAACGUCAUCUCAAAUGUCCGCCACAUGUUACAGUGACAUUUCCGGUUGUUUUCUACAGCUAUCCGACCUCGGGAUGUGGCCGCUCAAUCUCAGACGACAAUCCGAGUCCCUAUGUGGGACAAAUUGACCUGGAAAAUUCCUUACCAAAAGAGAAUCCCAAUCCGACUCGACGUCGCAGGCGACAUCCAAGUCCAACGGGAACUCAUGAAGCCACUCCUGCUACAGAAGGAGCAAGCGAUACUCCAACGUCUAGUGAAUCACGACGCCGCCGGGAAAAGAAAAUUCGCAGGUCAGAAUCGCCUAAAUGUCCCCCAGGAGGCUCUUAUCGGAUUCCGCAACAAGGUCAACUACAAAUCAUAAUCAAGAACCCGCAUAAAACUGCGGUCAAGCUUUUCCUAGUUCCAUACGAUCUCAGUGAUAUGGAACCCGGCACAAAGACCUUCAUUCGGCAGCGCAGCUAUUCGGCAGGUCCGAUCAUUGAUAUGCCACUCAGUGCACGGAAGAACUUGGGGACAGAUCGCCCUGAAGCUUCCUUGAAUCCCACAGAAGACCCUCAUGACAAACCCAUUUUGCGAUACCUCAUUCAUUUGAACAUCUGUUGUCCCACGCGCGGUCGCUUUUACUUGCAUUCGACUAUCCGCGUGGUGUUUGCAAACCGCGUUCCGGAUGGUAAGGAGAAACUGCGGAAUGAGAUCCAAAAUCCAGAGCCUCGGUACACUCCGUACAAGCCCUCCCGAGAGUCUUCGUCUUCCACCUCGAGCACUUCGAGCGCAAUUACGCGCCCGGGAGAGGAAUCAUCUUCCCGCAGACGGAGUAUGGACCAGGCACCUAUCUCUCGUCACCACCCAGAUAUGCCAGGACCCACAGAUGUUACGGGUGGCCCUAAAACCCCACCUCCCUCGCAUAGUGUGUCUCGGUGCAACGAGAUUACCAAGGGCGAGGAUUACGGACGUCACCCUCUUCCUUCAAAUCCAAGUAGUCCAGAACCAAGCGAGAGUCUACUUGCCAAGAGACUCCGCGCCCUCGAUGUGCAGAGGUCGCGCUCCACAGUAGAUGAACGACAUCCACGCAAAUCGGGCUUCUCUGGUCGACCAUCUCCCACUCACAACCACACUCCUCGCUGA